GCGUCUGUUCGCAUUCCUAAUCGGAGCAGGUUGUCCACUUCACACUUCCCAAUCUGACGAAUGUGGCUUUCCCUUAUAUCAAUUGAGAAUCAAAGGUCCAAUUUACAGUUUAUGCUUGUAUAUUUCCGACGCUAGCUUUUGAGACUUUAACACAUCGAGCCACGCUGUAAGCCGCAAGGUGUAGCGCAGAUCUUUACCUGUAAAUCCGAUCAUCCCUCAAUACACCUCUUUAAUGAUGCUAAUCACCACCACAUACAUUGAGCAUCGUUGAUGUGAUCUCUCAUCAAAAAUUGAGUUGAAUCUUUUCUGGUGCACCCCUCGGCAAUCCUCAGAUGAGAUUGAUGCCUCUUCCUGCAGAACAUCGAUCCUCGUGAUGCGCCCAAAGAUCUGCAGAUCCGGAACGCCAGUGGAAACCUAGAUAUAUGCUUCAUUUUCGGCAUCUAUACAGGAUAUGGAUAGAAUUUUGCACAUAAAUAUGGAUCUACCCUUCGUCCAUGUAUUAUCAAUAUUCUCAUUAGACUCUACUUCGUUAAACUUUGUUUAGUAUUGCCGUGAACACUAUCCAUUGCACGAUCUUCAAUCAUUACAAACAACCUAUCAUACUAAUUUUCACUAUGCAUACUAAGAACCUUCUUGUACUCUUUGCCCUCACAACCUCUAUUUUUUCUGCUCCCAUACCGUCUCCUAGAUUCUCAAGUCUUGGUUCAGCCUUCGGUAACUUGAAUUGGAACGGCGCGGGCAACUCUGUUGGCAAUGGGAACAAGGGUAAUGGGAAUGAUAAUGGUAAUGGAUCAGGAUCAAAUAAUGGGAAUGGAAAUGUUUUUGGAAACGGAAAUGCUAUUGGGAGCGGAAACUCCGGUAUCGACGUUUUGAAGCGUGGAUCUGGCUCGAAUAUUUUGGGCAGUGCUUUUGGAAACUUGAAUUCCAAUGGUGGGGGCAAUGCUGCUGGAAACGGCAACGCCCAUAAUGGUAACGGUAAUGGCGUUGGAUCAGGAUCAUACAAUGGGAAUGGUAAUACGUUCGACAAUGGGAAUGCUAUUGGGAGCGAUAACUCAGGAAUAAGCAUCUUGAAUCGUAGAUCUGGUUCAAAUAUUGUGGGCAGUGCUUUAAGCAACUUGAAUGGGAAUGGCAAUGACAAUUCUGCCGGAAACAAGAACUGGGGUAAUGGAAACGGGAAUGGAGAUAACAGCGGAAGCUCGGAUGGCAACGGCAACAUUUUCGGAAACAAGAAUUCUAUCGGGUCAGGAAACUCAGGAUUCAGCAUCCUCAACAAGGUAAGGAGAUCAAAACCCCCUACUCUAUCAUCAUACGUCAACGGUGUAUGGGUUGCUGCCAUCGAUCCCAUUACCAAUUCUCUAUCAUCAUCUGGAGAUGCCGCAAACACUGUUGGCACAGUUGCAGAUACUUUGGGGGGCAAUGGCGGUUCCAAUACUGUUGGUUCUUCCAAUUCGGGGAACGGAAAUGGUAAUGGCAAUGGAUCAGGUUCAAACAAUGGAAAUGGCAAUACAUUCGGCAAUGGCAAUCAAAUCCUUUCUAAUAACGGCGGCGUCAACGUCGAUCCCACUAUCAACUUCACAUAGAUGGCAAUUAGCAAAAACCAGAACUAACACAUCCACCCAUCAGGUGCGUCGCCAAUCCGACGCGGCCGAUAUAAUUCCAGAUCAAACAGUCACCGGAUUUACCAAAGUUAUUACCGAAGCUUUCAAUAGCUUUCUCCCAACGGCUUUGCCAGACAUAAUCAAAGGUGCACUUACCGGUACCGAGUCGGAUUUCGGAAAGGGACAAGUUGAAAAGCGCCAGUUGGUAUUGACUGGAUUAGGCGACGUUAUUGCACAGGAUGUUGCUGCCUUCAUUCCUUAGAUGAGGUUGUAUUUUGUAUAUUGUAUGAUGCAUAUUGUAUUGUGUCUAAGCGUCGAAAUUGUAUAACGAAUCUGAUAAUUGUUACGAGUUAAUUUUGUAUAUAAUAUGUUUUUGAAAUAUUUAUACA